GGGAUCGAUGCCUGCAGCAGAGAACAAGUGUUGGGAGGAAUGGAAGCCAAUGUUAGCAAUGGUGGGCGUAGAUAUUGCUCUGGCCACCGUGAAUCUGCUUCUGAAGAAGGUGCUUGAGCAAGGAUUAUUGAACCACCUGGUUUUGGUCACCUACCGCCAAUCUAUCUCCACGCUUUUCCUAGCUCCCCUUGCCUAUUUUUGGGAAAGGAAAAGCAGACCAAAACUCACGCCUCUCAUCUUAUGUUACCUUUUCUUCAGUGCAAUGCUCGGGGCGACCAUCACACAAAACCUAUUCCUUUAUGGGAUUGAUUUCACCUCUGCAACCUUCUCCUGCGCCUUUAUCAACAUGGUUCCUGCCAUCACAUUCUUACUGGCUAUACCAUUCAGGCUAGAGAGCGUGAAGUUGAAGAGCAUGAGCGGGCGAGCCAAGGCGUUGGGUACAACGAUAUGCGUUGGUGGUGGCAUGUUGCUGAUACUUUACAAAGGAAUACCAUUAACGAAGCCGAUGAUGAUAAUGAACUCGAACCAGCUACGUAAUUACUAUGCCCUGCCACCAACGAUAACGAACCAGCAGCAGGGGUCGCCACCCUCCUCCGCCUACUUUAGCAGUUCCAGCAGGCGGUUGAGUUUGAAUCCCAACAAGGGAGCGGGUGAGAGAUGGACCAUCGGUUCACUGGCUUUGGUUGCUGGCAGCAUCUGUUGGUCAUCAUGGUUCCUUCUCCAAUCAAAGAUUGGGAAGCACUACCCAUGCCACUAUUCUAGCACAGCAAUCAUGUCAUUCUUCGGUGCCUUUCAAUCUGCUCUGCUAAGCCUCCUCUUUCACAGGGACAUUUCCAUGUGGAUCCUCAAAGGCAGAGUUGAGAUCUUCACCGUCCUUUAUACUGGAAUAAUGGGAUCAGGGUUAUGUUACGUGGGCAUGGCAUGGUGUGUCAAGAAAAGGGGUCCACUCUUCACUGCAGCAUUUAGUCCCCUCAUUCAAAUCAUCGUAGCUAUGUUUGAUUUCUCCAUCCUACAUGAACAACUUUACAUUGGAAGCAUACUGGGAUCCAUUCUUGUAAUUGUCGGCCUCUAUGUUCUUUUGUGGGGUAAGAGCAAAGAGGCAAAAGAUAACGUGACAAAGCCCCUAGUAGAAGCAGAAGAGCAAGUAGAUCAAGCGACACAUAUAUGAUACAUCAUCAUCACUGAUGUUC